GACGACUUGACCUCCACCGGAAGUUUCGACAGCGUGGAGGCCUUCUGGUCCUACUUCCAUCACCUCGUCCGCCCCUCGGAUCUGCCCAACAAGCACGACUGGUGCAUGUUCAAGUGUGGGAUCCUGCCGUUCAGUCACCACCCAGACAAUGUGGGAGGAGGGAAAUGGACGCUGAGGCUCAAGAAGACCCUCAACAUCAACAGAGUGUGGGAAGAUAUCAUGCUCGGAGUGCUUGGAGGAGUAGACAACGGAGGAGGAGGGAGAAGACGGAGGUGCAAAGUUGAUCCUGCAAACAGAAAUGGAGUAGUGAUCUCAUCAAGGCAUGAUGAAGACAUUAUCUCGGUGUGG